AUGGAAAGAGGUUGGCUCCAUGGGGAAGGAUUCUUCCUCUGCCUCAUUCUCCACCUGCUGCUUCAAGAUGCACAUCUUCAACUGAUGACAUCAUUCCUGUGGCUAAAUAUGUGGUACAAUCCAUUCCUUAGGUGGAACCCAGUGGAAUGUGGGGGCAUCAGGAAGCUGAGCGUGGCAGCUGAGAACCUGUGGCUUCCAGAUAUCUUCAUUGAGGAGUUGAAGAAGGCCAAGUCUGAUGGGGAACCCACAGCACUCACCUCCCUGUCCUUCUCACACACAGCAUGGAUAUGGCUUAUGUCAGCAGUGAUGAUCACAUCGAAUACAGUAAACCAAUGCAGGUGACCAGCAUCUGCAACCUGGACAUCUUCUACUUCCCCUUUGAUGAACAGAACUGCACCCUCACCUCCAGCUCUUUCAUCUACACAGGUGAGUGAGGCUCACAUGUUGAGAGCUAGAGAAAGGGAGAUUUUGAAACAUCACAGAACGUCGUUUGGAGCAAGGGAAUGGGUACUUCAGGGUAUCCAUCAAAGAAUGAUGAAGAUGACUGUGGGCACCAGUGAGUAUGACCAAAUCAUCUUCUAUGUGAGCUCAGGGGCACAGGCGCAGCCUCUGGUGCCCAGAGUCAUAAGCCUCCUGGUGCCCAGUAGCUUUCUGAUAGCCAUCAACGUCCUCAGCUUCUACCUGCCGGCAGAAAGCGAGAGCUAUGCCCCAUUCAAGAUGACACUCCUGAUGGGCUACAACGUCUUCCUGCUCAUGACAUUGAAUGACUUACUCCCUGCCAGUGGCACCCCCCACUCAUCAGUAUGGCCCCUCCCUCCAUCAGGAGAAGAAAAGCAAGGUGGCUACUUUGCCCUGUGUCUGUCACUGAUGGUGCUCCGCCUGCUGGAGACCAUCUUCAUCACCUACCUGCUGCACCUGGCCACCACCCAGCCUCCACCCAGGCCUCGCUGGCUCCGUUCCCUGCUUCUACACUGCACCAGCCCAAGGAAACGCUGCCCCGCUGCGCCCCAGAAGGGAAACACGGGCCUGGGCCUCAGCCCUGCCCACCUGCCUGGGGAGGGAAAUCAGCACUGCCCACGCUUGGUGGGGAAGGUGCCAGGUCCCGGAGACGCAGAGCUAAAUGGGUGCCCUGGGUCAGCGAGGGCCCAGCAGGAAGACGAGGCUCAGAAGCAGCACUCGGUCAGCCUGUGGCUACAGCUCAGCCACAUGACAGACACCCUGCUCUUCCGCCCCUGCCUGCUCUUCCCGGCCCCUUCCGUCGUCACGGUCAUCAUCCUCUGGGACACCUAG